AUGGACGAGGCGUUGAUCGGAUGGUUGUUCUUCGGCUCGAUGAUUUUGUGGCGGUUCGUGUCGAGGACUGGCAAGGUCGACCAGGUCAAGAUGAGGAAAGUAUGCCGUUCUUGUACGCCGUUCCUGCAGUGGUACGCGAUCACGGGGUUGGGGCUCGUCGUAUCCAUGGCCCGCACAAUGUUUGACGUGUGGAAGUACGACUAUAAAGGAGCUAAUUACUUGGACCCAGCAGCGGUCGAGAAGCACAUCCAGGGAAAAAACGUUGAUGUCGAGGAUUUCCCUCCGUGGUUGAGAAAGGUGUCGCUCGUUGCUCCCAUGGUUGGCGUUGUCGGCUUCGUGAUCUCCAUGUGGCAGAGCUUGCGCCUGAUUCGGGGCAGCCUGAGAGCCAACAAUGCAAAGUAUGUGAACCCCGAGGCCAUACCAGAGAACAAGAAGGAUUUGCUGCACAAGUGUAUGGACCAGCUGCUGAUCAUCAUCGGGGUGCCCCUAGUGUUCAUCGUCUUUGCCACGCGCGCCCUCACGCGCCAGUGGGAGGUGAUGACAGGGAGCUACUGCUGGGGCGAGUGUGUCCAUCCGGUUCACACGAGGGCUCUCGUGUCCGACCAGUGCAAGUUGGACAUGUAUUUUGCCACGGCCUUCCAGUUCUACGCCAUGUGGGAGUUCGGCGAGCUCGUCGGGCGCUUCAUGAGCGAUCACCGGCUGCAAUGGAAUGGUCCAGCCAUUGAGGACGAUGACCCGCAAGCCAUCAUUCUCAAUUAUCGUAAGACCCUCAAGUGGGCCUCCGUGUUGGGGUUGUUUGCUUUUGUGGGCAUCGGUGCGCUGAAGUCUGUGAUCGAAUUUGGCAUGACUGUCGCUCUCAAUGUGCUGCCGACACAGAGCGUCGACGUGAAUGAGAAAAUGGCCCUGGUGGAAAAGAAGGUAGAGACUGUGUUCGCAUUCGCUACUUUCCUCUGCGUGUUCAACAUGAUACUGAUCAGCAACAUGGCACCUCUCAAAGAAGCACUGGGCAGCAAAAUCAACAUGAAAUUCCACGGAACCCGAACAAUGUUGUUGGUCGUUCAAAUUCAGCCUCAGGUCUUGAAUUUCUUUGUGAUCAAGUGGAGUAUGAUUCAGACCGCUCAUUCACAAUCCAUGUCGCACAGCUGGUGGCAAUUUUUGACCCACGAGCAGUCCAUCUUGUUAAACGUGACCUUGGUGCUCUACUGGUGUUGCUUCGUGUCACUGGCGAACGCCAUUAUGUGGAAUAUCGACGACAAAAAGGUAGCACGCAUAUACGAAAAAGCGCUCCACCUGAAGCUCAGCUUAAGCGACAAUGCCAACAACAGGCAGGGGAACGAUGACCUGAGAAGGCCGCUGGUGUGA